CUAGGCCAUUAGACCAAACUUAGGAAGUUAGCGUGUAGUUAAAAUAUGUUUUAGGCAGUUAGGGCCUUAGGGCCUAGGGUUAGUGAUGGUAUUGAAGUUUAAUUUAAUUAAUUAUUUUGAAAUUUAUUAAUACCAUCAGCAUGUCUUACAGGAGUAAAAUUGUUGUAGGUUUUUUUCUACAGGUCUCUAGGUUUUGCACCGUCCACAAAUUAUGCAACUCCGGCAACGAGAUUCCUUGAAUCGUCUAACGGUUUCUGGUGCCCCUGCAUCGUCAACAGCAGCUCUGCACUGUUCAGCAUCCCAUAUCUUCUCGUUCAGCAGCUCCAGCCCGUUCAACAACUCGCGCCGUCGACUCCGAACCGACCAUUUCUUCGUCGGCGCCGACGGUCAUCUCUUUCCUUAUAUCCUGCCUCCUAGAGUUCGUUGUAUAUUAACUUUUUUGUCUGUAUUGCAGGGAAAUUUCUUCAUUGCAACCCAGGUUUGAAAUUGAUUUGUGAACCCCGCCGUGAAUAACAGCUUGAGUUUUUAUUAACAACCUCGUAGAGCAUUGUCAAUGGUUUGUAUUGUAUUUAAGAACUCAACAUGGGCUUUAUUAACAGAGUGGUAUCAUUAUUAACAUGUGGCAUGCAGAAUUAGUUAUGGAAUUUCAUGGAUUGUUAAUAUCUUAUGACUUAAUUAUAUUUGUAAUGUUUUCAAAUUUUGUAUGUACAUGUGAAUUUCGAAGGUGGGAAAAUGUAAAUGUUACUUUCAAUAAAAAACUGUUAAUCUCGUAUCAUUGAACCACUAAUAACGCUUAUGUAUAACAUUAAUAAUUGUCACAACACCGGCUAAUGUUGCUCUACAAUAUUUUGGAAUUUACACUCCUUUCUUAACAAUGAACAUCGUUUGUGUUAACAAUCGCUCAAUAGUAUGAUUAAACAUCUCCACGCAACAAGUUAAUAACAUUCACCUAAACAUAGUAUAUUACUGAUAAUGGUAUAAAAAUGACUAACAAUUAAAAUAAAACCCGUUCAUAACACAUUAACAAAAAAUAGAAUACUAUUAAUAACAUUUACCACCGAUUUUCAAAACAAAAUCCAUAUGACACGUUUCACAAAACCACAUGUCCUUACGAUGUUAAUAACGACAAUGUAAAUCAUUAAUAAUAACUGCAUAGUCAAGCUAUCUUGCUAUGCCGUGUGAUCAAAGAUUGUAAGGUUGAGCUUGGUAAGAGUUCGUCAGUACUAAUUGGUCAGAAAAACCCAUUUGUUACGCUAUAAACGCUUCCUCGGUAUUAUUUGGUUAGGAAACAAUAUUUUUUGACAAUAGUAAAAUUUUGUCAAUACUAUUAGAUCAGGAAAACAAAUUUUCUUAUAUCAUAAAAAUUCAUCAAUAUUGUUUGGUUAGUAAAACACAUUUUUUACGCCAUAAGCAUUUCGUUAGUACUAUUUGGUCAGGAAAAAUUUCGUCAGCAGCAGUUUGGUCAGGAAAAAAUAACAUUUUUGACGCCAUAAAAAUGUUGUCAGUAGUAAAUGGUCAGAACAAAUAAAUUUUGUAUGCCAUACACAAUUCUUUUGAACCAUUUGGUUACAAAAUUGAAACCUUUCUUACAAAAUAAAUUAUCGUAUACGUUUUUUCAUAAAUGUAAAUCGGAAAAGAAUGACAUGUUUUAGAAAUGAUUAUUUAAUCAAUAAAAAAACACAUAAUAAGCUCUGUUCUAUGACAAAUAGAAAUUAUAUAAUAUAUAUCUCGAUCUACAAAGAUCAAAUUAGUCAUACUCAAUCUUCGAACCCUGCUCUAAUCCAGUUUAAGAGAUCAUCUCCCUGGAUUUGGAGUACCUAGGAUCAUCAAUUAAAAUAUUGCUUUUUGAUAGACUUCGUCUAAUGCUUCUUCUCCUUCUCCUUCUCCUUUCGUAUUAGAUGGCACCGCAAACAAAUUUCUCGGUCACAUUUUAACCACAAUUUACCUAUUUGGAUCUCUCAAAGAAGGAUUCAAACUUGGCACUUUAUCAUUGUGCAUUCGUGUAAUCUGCAAUAAUUGCAAGGAUAAAAUUAAAAUUAGCGUGCGAUAAUUUUUAAAUAUCAAAAUUCUUUAUUAUAUAUGACAUGUAUGUAACUCUAAUAAGAAUCACUUUGGAAAUUCUUGCUUAUGCACUGCUUCAACCAUACGAACACCUCGAUUACUCAGUGAGUUCUGUAAUUAAUUAAAAUAAAUUAUUUUCUAGCAAUCAAUAUAUAAAUAAUAAAAAUUGGUGUAUAUGUAUACGUACCUUAUAAAAUCUUGCACCUCAUCAUAGUUUUGAAGAACAUAAGAAGCUGCCACCUUCCACAAAUCAAUAUUGAAGUCUCUCAUGUCGUCCUUCACACCAAUGGCACGACCGACACCCGGAAAAACUGAUAAGUCAUGAAAUGGUUGCGACAACGAUGCAGAUUUAUCUACAUUUUUCUCUGGCAAAUUAAAUAUAGUAUCCAUUCUAGU